AUGAGCAUCUUCCUGCUCAUUGCCUUCACUCUGUCCCUGUUUGUCACAAUCGUUGCGAAUCCUGCCGGUGGAGCACCGAGAGGCUGUCUGAUCGCGAGCACAGAGCAUGGCUACGCCGUCGGAAGCCUGCUUCAGUUUGAAAUCAAGGGCAAAUCGUACAGCUCUGUGGCAUUCUACGGCAUCCCGUUUGGCGACCCGCCCGUCGGCGACAGACGCUUCGCCGAGCCCCGAUGCGCCAGGGCACCGGGGUGUGGACUGUUCAAUGCCACGUACGCGCGAUCACCCUGCGCCCAGACGGACACUCACUACGCUCGGGACUACUACAUCAGCGCCGCUAACACCACCGAAGACUGCCUGCACAUCAACGUCUGGGUGCCCGGUUCCUGCGUGAAGCCGCUGCUUAGCCCAGAAAACCGCCGCGCCGUCGUGUUCUGGCUCUACGGCGGCGCCUUUGUGAGUGGAGGCAACAGCUACGACUUCAACGACGGACGCUUCCUGGCCGGCUUGGGAGACGUCCUCGUGGUAACACCAAACUACCGCUUGACCGCAUUCGGCUUCCUCAACUCGGGAACGGACCGUAGCAUCGUGGGAAACAUGGCGCUGCACGACCAGCUGCUGGCGCUCCGUUGGGUUCGCGACAACAUCCACCGUUUCGGCGGAGACAGCGACCGCGUCCUGAUCGGCGGCCAGAGCGCCGGCGCCAUUACGAGCUCCAUGUUUAUGACGAGUCCUAUCAUGUCGCAGUACGGUCCGUUCCGCAGGGUUUUCCUCAUGAGCGGCUCAAUGUACGCCCCGUUGCCUCAGAACCGAGGGCGCAAAGCGCGAAAUACCUUCUCCCACGUGGCUGCCAAAGCCGGCUGCGAGUUUGCCAGCGUCGACGACACCACCCGCUGCCUCCGAAACCGGAGCGCCACAGAGGUCUUGGAGGCUGCCAAGGGCGUCAGCCUAGAUCUGAUGCCGGCCAUAAAAGCACCCCUGUUUCCGGGCGGCCUUGAAUCGCGCCAGCGGCGAUUCCUGGGGGCCCGAGCCCGCGACACACUUAUUUCUAACACGGCGCUAGAAGGGCACGCCUUAUUCGAACUGCUCCUGCCCGGCGUUGUAGGUACCCAGAAAGAGAUCACGGCGCCAAUGCUGAAAAAAACGUUUCCCGAUUUGUUCGGCAAAAUGAGUGAGACUCGCAUCAGACUCGUGAUUUUUUUCCUGGGGACGCUGUACGACCUCAACGCCCCCAACCACAGCGGAUGGAUAGAGUUGAUCGGUGACGUCAUAUUCCGCUGUCCGGUCGCUGCGUUCGGGAAAGAUAUGGCCGCUAUGGGGAAGAAUGUAUACUGCAUGCAAUACACACCCAAACCAUCCUUUUCCAUAUAUUCCGCAGAGAAUGCGACGCACGGAGAAGACGUGGAGAUGUUGUUUGGGUACCCGUACUUGUACCCUUAUCUGGCAACCGACGAAGACAGAGCCAUGUCCUACCGCAUGAUCACCAUGGUAUCCAGUUUCGCAAAAAACGGGUCUCUACCGAACCUGGUCGAUGGCAAGCCGUGGCCGCGGUUUUUGAAUGCGUCUAACUACCAGUUUGUCGACCACACGAACGCUGGUUUCAUGUUGGGCGGUCCCAUCGGUGCCUGUCCCUUGGACAAUAUCAUCAAGGGACUUAUCCCAACGAGGCGGCAGGGCCGGCGAGCAAUCGACGGUGCUUGGGAGCCCGAAGUCGUCGAACUGGCCCUGGAGAUGCUCGGCGCAAUACCGGCGCGGGCGCUUGAAAUCGCCGCCAGCGCUCACGCGGUGGAGUUUGGAGAAUAA